AAGCCAGUGGAGGGAUUGGCAGAGGGGGGGUGGCGGAGACGGAGCGGUUGGAAAGGUGAAUGAGUCUGGCAGCCGUAUUCAGGAUUGACUGAAGCGGGGAUAGCCAGUGGCGAGGCAGGCCAGUGAGGAGGGAGUUGCAGUAGUCGAGUCGUGAUAUGAUGAGGGAGUGGAUGAGCUGUUUAGUGGUUUCUGGGGUUAGGAACGUGCGUAUUUUGGCGAUGUUGCGGAGGUGGAGUCUGCACGAGUUUGUUAAAGAUUGGACUUGGGGCUGGAAGGAUAGGUUGGAGUCCAGAAUGACACCAAGUACUCUGGCCUGCGGGACGGGUUUGAUGGUGGCGUUGUUGGAUGUGAUAGAGAAGUCAAUG